AUGAGCGACAAUGAUGUAGAGCGGGCGCAUAUCCUCCAAGCCACCCUCCGACAAAUCUCGGUCUUUGCGGCCGAGGGAGCGGAACGGGAAUGCUGCGUCAUCUGCCUCGGGGACCUGACCGAACCCUGUGAAGCCCGACCCUGUGGCCACACCAACUUCGACUUUGUCUGCCUCGCAACUUGGCUCGAGGCUCGCACCACCUGUCCCCUUUGUAAAUGCGACGUCAUCGAACUCGGAUACGACUUGGCUGAAGACGGGCAGUAUCGCAAGGUCUACGCCAUCCCCCAGCGCGCGCCGCCCAAGGACCAACAACCCGUUGUCCGACGUGCCGAAGUAACCGUCCGCCAUCGUGUGCAAGAGCACCUUCGCCGUCGUCGGCCGCGGUCCCCUGCGUCUCGGGAAGACGAUGCAAUCCGCAGACGGCGCAUGGUUUACCGCUAUGGUCUCUAUUCCCUACAUGUCGGCUCCAACCGCCGCCAACCGCCCGGCAUGAGAUACACCGAGCUAUCGCUGCAACGCUUUGCUACAGAGUCUGAGCUUAUCUCCCGCGCGAGGAUGUUUAUCCGCCGUGAGCUGCGCGUGUUCCGGUUUUUGUACACCAACGAUGACGAAGACUUGCGAGGUGUUGAGGAUGUGGUACGCGUGCAAAGGCCCUGCAGGGCCGAAUUUCUGUUAGAAUACAUUGUGGCAAUCCUCAAAGCUAUGGAUACCCAGGGGAGUGCUGGCCAGGCAGAGGAGCUGGUGUCAGAGUUCCUGGGCCGCGAUAACGCCCGACUUUUUCUACAUGAGCUGAGGGCCUGGUUGAGGAGCCCAUGUAAGACGCUAGAGGAGUGGGAUCGGCUGGUGCAAUACAACGACCCAAGGGUGAUGUACCGCCCACUGCAGGACAGACAGAGAGCUAGGAAUGAGGCCCCUCGGUCAGAUCGGCCAACGCCGGUGCAGAUGGCGAAUCCGAUGGAUACUCCGUGA